UGGGAGCACCACGUGGCGGCAACAAACGCAACAUGGAUUUCGUUAAGGAGGACCUUUGCACAAAUGGGAUUAAAGAAAUGAAUCUCGAUCAGGAUUUCGUCCACCAGGACCACUACAAGGGCAAAAUUAAGGAUGAGAAUCACGAUCCAGAUUUCAUUCACCAGGCCCACUACGUAAGUGAAAUAAAGGAGGAGAAACAGGACUCGGAUUUCGUCGAUCAGGACCACUACAAGGGCGGAAUGAAGGAGGAGAACCAGGACCAGGACUUCGUCCAACAGGACCCCUACAAGAGCGAAAUGAAGGAGGAGAACCACGAUCCAGAUUUCACUCAGCAGGCCCACUAUAAAAGUGAAAUAAAGGAGGAGAACCCGGACCUGGAUUUCAUUCACCAGGACCACUACAACAGCGAAUUGAAGGAGGAGAACCCGGACCAGGAUUUCAUGGACCAGGCCGGAGACAAGAGCGGAGUGAAUGAGGUGAACCGGGACCCGGACCACCGCAGCAACGAGCCCGCGCGGAGGAACAAAGCGGACUCGUCCUCUGGUCCCAGCGCCCAACAGAAAAAGAGGCGUAGAAAGACACCCAGUCAUCACUGCUGUCAGCAAUGUGACAAAGCCUUCCUAAGACCAUCACAUCUAAGGAUCCACCAGAGAUCUCACACUGGAGACAAACCAUACAGCUGUGACCACUGUGGACGAAUGUUCACUAAGAAAAGUAACUUAAGCCGACACCAACAAAUUCAUACUGGAGAGCAGCCGUACAGUUGCGACUACUGUGGAAAAACUUUCAAUCAGAAGAGCCACUUAAAUCAACAUCAACGAAUGCACACAGGAGAGAGGUCAUACAUCUGUGACCACUGUGGGAAAACCUUUACUCUGAAAUCUCAUUUAAACCGACAUCAACAAAUUCACUCUAGAGAAAAACUGUACCGAUGUGACCACUGUGGGAAAAUAUUUACUUCGAAAAUGGAAUUAAAUGUCCAUCGACGAAUUCAUACAGGGGAGAGCCCAUACAGGUGUGACCAAUGUGGAAGGAUGUUCACUAAGAAGAGUAACUUAAGACAGCAUCAACAAAUUCACACCGGAGAGCAGCCAUACACCUGUAACCACUGUGGGAAAACCUUUACUCAGAAGAGCCACUUAAAAGAGCAUCGACGAAUUCAUACAGGUGAGAGGCCGUACAGUUGUGACCAGUGUGGACGAAUGUUCAGUAAGAAGAGCAACUUAAGGCAACAUCAACAAAUUCACACUGGAGAGCAGCCGUACAGGUGCAACCAGUGUGGAGAAACCUUUACUCGGAAGUCUUAUUUAAACCGACAUCAACAAAUUCACUCUAGGGAAGGGAAAAAUAUUCAGAUGUGAGCAGUCUGGAAAGUUUUUCACUCAAGCAGGAACCUUAAAUGUAUAGUCAAUGAUUCUAGCAAAAGAAUGUUUACAUUUUGAACAUCAAGAACAGAAAUCCACAAGUCGUUUCAGUUUGAAGCCCGUAACCAUGUCACUCAUAGUUCAUGAACGUGUAUUACCACGGCAGUGAUACUAGUGACUAAGGGAAGAGCCAAUGCUAAGGGAGAUGUAGAAAAACUAGCAAUUAGGGCAUAACGUGCCAAAGCAGCUACAGACGCCACUAUUAUUCUCUCAUAACCAUCUCCAGCUGUUUAUAGCUGAAAAUAGAUCAACUGCAAACUAGCAAUUUAGCUGAAUGUCCCAGGGAAAGUUGAUUUAGCAAACAGGCUAAUGUGACGCAGAUAAUACCCAGUUUGCUAAUGUAACAUUACCACAAAGAUUAACCUAUUACCAUAACGAUUUUCAGUGGCACAUGUCAAAUCACUGACCCAACUGUCCAGCAGAAUAAGAAUCCCAUUUAAAUCGUGGAACUCUCCAUUUCUGGAAAGCAGUACAUAGCUUUGUUUACACGCGUUUCCAACUUUGAUUAAUGUUAUAGUAGU